GCAUACAUAUGCACACACCACUUUUUUCAUUUCACUAAAUCAAUUUGGACUAUUUURUGUAUGUCCUUUACAUGAAAUCYAAAUAAAAAUCUAUUUAAAUUACAGGUUGUAAUUCAACAAAAUAGGAAAAAUGCUAAGGCACUGUAAUUAGCAUAGGUGGUCGCCUCUUGUCUUCUGUCUGUUUUCCGUAAACAUGCGCUGAAACAUGGAGAUAUGGCCRUAUGGGAAUGCUAACCCAAACCUUAUCAAGAUGCACACCCUUUGGAAGGAAAGAAGAUCAGCUGGGAGGUAAAAAGUCACCCAUUCAAUGGAGUUCCAUUUCAGGUUGUGGGCACAAGCACAUAUGAAUGCCAUCAGGGGAAAGACCGACAAGUAAAAGCUAAAGAGAAACAUGCUGCUAAAAUGAACAAGAAGGCGCUUGAAGACCAUGCCUUAAAGAGACGGAAACAAAAUACAAAGAAGGUGGACUGCAAGGCUUUAAUAAACAUCGCCCACAUUAUCCGCUUUCCUGGUUUUAAGAUUGAGGAGAGUACUGUGCGCUCUAAAAAGGAGGCCUCCAAAGAUCUGAAGGCAGCGCUAAGUGAAAAACCAAGCUCUGUGAAGGCAGAGGUUGUCUACUGCGUCAGGUUCCCCUCUCUCUCUGAGCAUAGCUCACACGCACUUGUUGGCGAGAGGUCCUCUAAGAAGAACUUGAAGGUGUUGCAGAAGCAAUGUGCAGGCUAUCUAAAAGAAAUAACAGACCUCACCUAUCAUCUUCAAGAUGAACAGUACAUGACUGGCCUGUCUUCACAUCUGCAAAGCCUAUUGCAGGAAAUUAAAGGACUUGUCCCACAGGAUAAAGAUCUCACACUGACCCUUUCCCCAAGGAAGAGAAAGGCUGAGGAGGACAUGGCCACCCUACCAACCCAGGGAGCGUCACAACCUUUCACCGACAGUGUAGGACAGCAUGCAGAUUUACAGAACACAUGCGAAGAACCAUGUUUGCCAAACUGAGUGUGGAGUGAGAUUGCUUGUAGGCAGGGAGCCUAGGGCGACGGAGGAUGGCAGUGUGUGUAUAUAUGUGUUGAGUCCGUUUUUUGUUUUCCCCCUUCAGAAUAUUUUAUUUUUGAUAGCUGGGUUUUGUGGUAACCCAAGCCUACCAGCAUACUUGUUGUACUAUUUUAAUAUUAAUUGUAAUAAAAUAAAAAUACAAUUGGGUGAUAA